AAAAAAAAAAAAAAAAAACAAACCGGCAUUGGGGUUGAAUUGUUGCUGUACGAGAGCUCAAUCAAAAGCCGAGUUCCGCCACACAGAUCCUUCCUCCACUCCUGCUUUAUUUACUCUCUUUGUUAUUAACCCUUUUUUUUCUCUCCUUCUCGUCCAUUUUCGCCUUCUCUCCCUCUUUCGGCCCCCUCAAAGUUCAGUCCUCCCCCCCACCCCCUAUUGGUGUCGUUAGAUAAGAGAAACAAGAGAGUGCCAAGUCAUGGCCGAAGACAAGAAGUCCGCCGCUCCUGCUGGUCUUGGGAUUUGGUCUACUGUUAAGCCCUUUGUCAAUGGUGGUGCCUCCGGUAUGCUCGCCACCUGCGUCAUCCAACCCAUCGAUAUGAUCAAGGUGAGGAUUCAGCUGGGGCAAGGAUCAGCAGGCGAGGUCACCAAGACUAUGUUAAAGAAUGAAGGAGUUGGCGCCUUUUAUAAGGGAUUGAGUGCUGGUCUUCUUAGGCAGGCUACAUAUACUACUGCCCGACUUGGAUCAUUUAGGAUUUUGACUAACAAGGCAACCGAAGCCAAUGAGGGCAAGCCUCUUCCCCUGUAUCAGAAAGCAUUAUGUGGUUUGACUGCUGGAGCAAUUGGAGCAUGCGUUGGCAGUCCGGCAGAUUUGGCACUUAUCCGUAUGCAGGCUGAUGCAACGUUGCCUCUUGCCCAAAGGCGCAACUACACUAAUGCAUUUCAUGCACUUGGUCGGAUUGCUGCUGAUGAAGGUGUCCUGGCACUCUGGAAAGGUGCUGGGCCAACUGUUGUGAGAGCCAUGGCUUUGAACAUGGGCAUGCUUGCGUCCUAUGAUCAAAGUGUCGAGUUCUUCCGGGACUCUCUUGGUUUUGGCGAGGCUGCCACUGUAGUAGGGGCCAGUAGUGUUUCUGGAUUCUUUGCUUCAGCCUGCAGUUUACCAUUCGAUUAUGUCAAAACACAAAUACAGAAGAUGCAACCUGAUGCUGAAGGAAAGUUACCGUACACUGGAUCUUUAGACUGUGCGAUGAAAACCCUCAAAUCUGGAGGACCCUUCAAGUUCUACACUGGAUUCCCAGUGUACUGUGUCAGAAUUGCUCCUCAUGUCAUGAUGACGUGGAUAUUCCUAAAUCAAAUCCAGAAAUUGGAGAAGAAAGUUGGAUUGUAGUUCCAUUUGCGGCCGAAUGUAGAAGUAUAAGCGGGCGGGCGAGCGACUUUUAUAUAUCUAAAAUAAGUCUCAACUUUUUGUUUCAGUAGUUGCUGGUUUUUUCUUCUUUUUUUGGGGGGGUGAAAUUUGGCACACCUUGAACUCGUGAAGGAAGGGAUGAUUUAAGGACUAUUACUAUUGUUAUUUUUUUCUUUUGGAAAAGCAGCUGACUGACAAGGCAGAUCGUUGUACUAGAUUGAAGAAUCAUGAACCUUUAGGAUUUAGGGCAUUGGAUGGAAUGAUGAUUCCUAUAUGAUUCUUGCUUGAUAAAAGCGCAUAGUACUCUUGGAAAUUUUGAACACAUACAUUUUGUCAAAGGGAUGUGACUAAUAAUCAUCCAUGUGAACACUCCUCCAUGGUUAAGCAACCUUUACAUAAAGUUCUGCUGUUGCUCAUUUGUGGAAAUUGUGCUUGCUUUCAGUCUGGAUUUGCUUUUUGUUUGUUAUCGGGUUAGUGCUACCCUCCCCUGUUUUUGGAUCCGGAUGCCCUAUCAUACAUUUGACGUUACCAUUUCACAUGUAGUAGUUGGGCAGACGGUAUUGUAUUUCUCAAAAACGAAAUUUGCCAUAGGACGGCAUCCAUUUAAAGUUUUAAGUUUUAAGCAAUACAGAUGCAACAGUCUUGGAGCCCAAAAUCUUUUUGUAGUCGUCUGUCAAGAUGACAUUUUUGCCCCAUACUACUACUUCUUUGUCCCAAACUAAUACUAGUCUACCGGUUUACUUUUUUGGUUCCACAAUGGGACAAAGGGAGUAUAUUUGUUACACAUUUGUCAUUUUGGCGUUGUAUUAAUAUCAUG